AUUGUUUAUACAUUAAUUAGUUGACUGCACUUGCAUUUCUACAUUGCUGCUUUUAUUAAUUGUUAAUGACAAUAAAAUAAGAGCAAAAGACACACAAAUACUCUGAGUUUAUCACUACAUGGAGCCGGAAAAGAGCAAAGGCAAGCAUGUCAAUUUUUAAAGCGCGUGUAAAGGAAUUCGAGGAUCUUUUUGCACAGGAUGUGAUUGACAUUAAAGAACUGCGUCGAAAUGUCAACAAUGGUGUGCCAGAUGUGCUCAGCUUUCGUGCGCUCAGCUGGAAAAUGUUGUUAGGCUAUCUGGGACCCAAUCGCAUCCAUUGGGCCACCACAUUGGCAAAGAAACGUGCUCUGUAUAAGCAAUUUAUAAUGGAACUUGUGCUCCCACCUGGACACACACAAAAUGGCGAAGACAAUAGCGAUGAUGAAUCGAGGGGCGUUGGCCUCCAAGAUCAUCCGCUCAGCGAGGGGCCAGAGAGUGCUUGGAAUACGUUUUUCAAUGAUAACGAAUUUCUGCUGCAAAUCGACAAAGAUGUAAGACGCCUGUGCCCAGACAUAUCGUUCUUUCAGCAGCCCACAGAAUACCCAUGUGAAGUUGUUGUGCACAGCAAAGGGGAACAGGGUAGAAGGCUGCACGAGCGUGUUGUGCCUUCCGUGCUGAGCUCGGCGAAUGUUGAGCGCAAAGGUCUGGGUGUGACUAAGAUUAACUUAAUCACAAAGCGAUCGGCGGAAAACUAUGCCGCCAUGGAGGAGGGCCAAGAGGCGCAUUGGGAGGUUGUGCAACGAAUUUUAUUUAUCUACGCGAAACUCAAUCCCGGACAGGGGUACGUGCAGGGCAUGAACGAGAUAGUUGGACCCAUUUACUAUGUGAUGGCCUCAGAUCCCGAUCUGUCGAAUCGUGCCCAUGCCGAGGCAGAUUGUUUCUUUUGUUUUACCGCUUUGAUGAGUGAAAUACGCGACUUCUUUAUCAAGACACUGGAUGAUGCGGAAGGCGGUAUAAAGUGCAUGAUGUCUAGGCUUGAAAAUAUGCUAAAAGCGAAGGACAUCAGCAUAUACAAUCACCUUAAGAGCCAGGAGUUACACCCCCAGUACUACAGCUUUAGAUGGAUAAAUCUGCUGCUCUCACAGGAAUUUCCACUGCCGGAUGUGUUGCGCAUAUGGGACUCGGUGUUCUCAGAUGAGAAGCGCUUUGAUUUCCUCAUCAAAGUUUGUUGUUCUAUGAUAUUAAUUCAACGGGAGGCCAUCCUGGAGAAUGACUUUGCCUCGAAUGUGAAACUACUACAAAAUUAUCCACCCAUUGAUAUAAACGUUGUACUGACUCAUGCAGUUUCACUGGCGUAGUACUCGGCGCAUUCGAAUUUAAGCCACAGCUUGCACCUCAUGACCUGAGAAUCCAAUAUUCUGACGAGCAAUACGCCAAGCAAUCGAUGCCAAUGUAGCUCUGGCGCCAAAUCUAUCAAAAACGCACGUUCCGUAUACUCAAACCACUUUAUUUAUAAAUAUCGCUUUUGAUAAAACUUUUAAUUUGAUAAAUUCUUUUCCAUAAAUAAACGAGAGAAUUUUAA